UCCGAUCCACGCACUCGCCUAUCAAUCUCAAUCCAUCGAUCCCCAUUCCUCUUCUCUUCUCUUCUCUUCUCUUCUCCACCGGAUCGGAUCGAUGGUGCCCCUGCCCCUCUUCCUCUUCCCCCUGCUGCUUGUGCUUGUGCCAGCGGCGCUCCCCCUCCCCCGCGCCUCCGCCGACAUCUGCAUCGUGGGCGCCGGCAUCUCCGGCGCCUCCACCGCCUUCUUCCUCACCAACUACACCUCUCUCCAUGGAGCACAGCUCCGCGUCUUCGAGCGCCGUCACAGGGUGGGCGGACGCCUCGCCACCGUCGCCGUGGCCGGCGACCGCUUCGAGGCCGGGGGCGCCAUCAUCCACCCGCGCAACCUCCACGCGCGCCGCUUCGCCGACCUCCUUGGCCUCGCCGUCAAGGCCGGCGGCGACGACGAUUGGCUAGGGAUCUGGGACGGCAAAAGCUUCGUCUUCCAGACGCUCCGCCCGCUGCCGCCCGGAAGCUCCUGGUGGCGUCGCAAGCUGCACGGCCUCCUCAACUCGCUGCUGCUGCUCAGGCGAUACGGCCUGUCCCUGCUCAAGAUGGACAAGUUUGUCCAGGAAAUGCUGCAAAGGUUUGUGCUCUUCUACAAUGGCUUCGAGUCUCGCCCAGUCUUUGCCACGGUUGAGGAGAUGCUCAAAUGGACGGGCCUCUAUGGCCUCACACGCAGGACCCUCGAGGAGGAGCUGCUUGAUGCCGGCCUCAACUCUCGGACUAUAGCAGAGCUUGUCACUGUGAUCACAAGGAUCAACUAUGGCCAAAGCACGCGUAUAAGUGGCCUGGCUGGCGCUGUUUCUUUAGCUGGGUCUGAGUCAGGAUUAUGGGCCGUCAAAGGAGGAAACUGGCAGCUAGCUGCUGGAUUGCUAAAGACCUCUAACGCCACCUUGCAUCUCCAAGAAGGCAUAGACUCAAUUACUGAUGCUGGGGAUUGUUAUGUUCUGAGAUCCAAUACUGGGAGCGAAUACAACUGUACGGUGACGGUGGUGGCAACACCACUUGACGAGGUGAAUAUUACGUUUAGCCCUCCAAUAUCCAUUCCACCGAGGAAGAUGCAGCACACACAUGCAACCUUUGUCAGAGGCCUGCUGAACCCUGGAUAUUUCGGUCUAAACUCAGCAUCAGAUAUUCCAGAGCUGAUUGGUACCCUAGAGCUCCCUGAUAUCCCUUUCUCAUGCAUCUCAGUUCUGAAGAGGUACAGCAAAGAUGACAUGACCUACAAGAUGUUCUCACGUGCAAAGCUGGAUGAUGGUUUACUGGAUCAGAUCUUCAGCGCAAGGAAAGAGACGAUCCGGAUAAACUGGGCUGCUUACCCGCACUAUGAAGCCCCUGAAGAGUUUGCUCCUAUAUUGUUGGACGGGAAGCAGCUGUACUACGUGAAUACCUUUGAGAGCGCAGCGAGUGCCAUGGAGACGGGUGCUGUGUCAGCGGAGAAUGUGGCGCGGCUCAUCAUUUCUAGGCUCUCUUUACCGAAGCGAGGAGUUGAGCCUCCUACCCCUCAUAUCAAGUCAUUCACAGAAGAGGAGGAAGAAGGAUCCUGGCGUCGGCAUGUCGACCUGUGAAACUUUGUACUGGUAGGUUUUAGAUGGGCAUGGGGACUCUUUGCACCACGUCGUGUAUAGCUGCCGAUGUUGAGUUGCGGCGACAUUUUUGGUACAUUGAUUUUGGUAAUAAACGUUGUUUGGAUGGAUACAUUUUGACUA